AUGAGUGGUGGCAGGAAGAGGAAGUUGCGUUUAAGCAAGAUCUACUCAUUCGCAUGCUGCAAGGCAUCUUUCAGGGGAGAUGAUUCACAGAUUGGCGGAAAAGGUUAUUCCAGGGUGGUGUUCUGCAAUGAGCCAGAUAUCUUUGAGGAUGGUGUUAAGAAUUUUGCAGAUAAUUCUAUCAGAUCUACAAAAUAUACUCUUGCAACUUUCUUUCCCAAAUCUUUGUUUGAACAGUUUAGGAGAGUGGCAAACUUCUAUUUUUUGGUCACUGGCACCUUGGCCUUCACAAAACUGGCUCCAUAUACUGCUGUCAGUGCUAUUCUUCCACUGAUUAUAGUUAUUGGGGCAACUAUGGUGAAAGAAGGCAUCGAAGACUGGCGCAGGAAAAAACAGGAUAUAGAGGUGAACAAUAGAAGAGUUAAAGUCCAUAAAGUUGAUGGUACUUUUGAAUAUACUGCAUGGAAGAAUCUGAGGGUGGGGAAUAUAGUGAAGGUAGAGAAAGACGAGUUCUUCCCAGCUGACCUGCUGUUGCUUUCAUCCAGUUAUGAGGAUGCAGUUUGCUAUGUUGAGACCAUGAACUUGGAUGGGGAGACAAAUUUAAAGUUGAAGCAAGGGUUAGAGGUAACAUCUUCCUUACAGGAGGAUCUCCACUUCCAAAAAUUUAAAGCUACAGUCAAAUGUGAAGACCCCAAUGCAAAUUUGUAUUCAUUUGUCGGGAGCAUGGAGUUCGAAGAGAAAAAUUAUGCCCUUUCUCCUCAACAAAUUCUUCUCCGUGACUCUAAACUUCGAAAUACAGACUAUAUUUUUGGAGCUGUCAUUUUCACUGGUCAUGACACUAAGGUUAUUCAAAAUUCUACUGACCCACCUUCCAAAAGAAGCAGAAUCGAGAAGAAGAUGGACAGGGUCAUCUAUUUCUUGUUUUGUAUUUUGUUUCUAAUGGCAUUUGUUGGAUCUAUUUUCUUUGGCAUUGCAACUAAAGAUGACUUCCAAAAUGGGUCGAUGAAAAGAUGGUAUUUAAGACCAGAUGAUUCUACUAUUUUCUUUGACCCAAAAAGACCAGUUGCUGCUGCUUUAUUUCAUUGUUUGACAGCCUUAAUGUUAUAUGGAUUCUUUAUUCCCAUCUCUUUGUAUGUGUCAAUAGAAAUGGUCAAAGUCCUUCAGAGUAUUUUCAUCAAUCAAGAUAUCCAGAUGUACUACAAGGAAGCAGACAAACCAGCACGAGCUCGUACUUCAAAUUUGAAUGAGGAGCUUGGCCAAGUUGAUACAAUACUUUCUGACAAGACUGGAACUCUGACCUGCAACUCAAUGGAGUUCAUCAAAUGUUCUAUUGCUGGGGUAGGAUAUGGCCGUGGUGCCACAGAGGUUGAGAAGGCCAUGGGUAGAAGAAAAGGUUCACCACCAAUUCAUGAGCAUGAUAUUGAAUCAGAAGCAGGCAAGAUUAGGGGUUCUCUAGAUAAAAAAACACUUAUUAAAGGUUUUAACUUUGAUGAUGAAAGAAUAAGAAAUGGACAAUGGGUUAAUCAGCCUCAUGCAGAUGUUAUCCAGAAGUUUUUUCGCCUAUUGGCAAUCUGUCAUACAGCCAUUCCAGAAAUGAAUGAAGAAACAGGAAAUGUUUCAUAUGAGGCUGAAUCCCCAGAUGAAGCAGCAUUUCUGAUUGCAGCAAGAGAACUUGGUUUUGAAUUCUACAAAAGGGGUCAGACUAGUUUAUCUACAUUUGAGUUGGAUCCAGUUUCUAGCAAUAAAGUUGAGAGGAAAUACAAGCUUCUCAAUGUUUUAGAAUUCAAUAGCUCAAGGAAGCGAAUGUCAGUGAUAGUGGAAAAUGAAGAAGGGAAAAUUUUGCUUCUCUGCAAAGGUGCCGACAGCAUCAUGUUUGAAAGGCUUGCCAAGAAUGGGAGGGAGUUUGAAGAGAAAACCAAGGAGCAUGUGCACGAGUAUGCUGAUGCGGGUCUGAGAACCCUUAUACUAGCCUAUCGUGAACUUGAUGCAGAAGAAUACAAGGAGUUUGAUAAUAAAUUCUCUAAGGCCAGGAAUUUAGUCAGUGCUGAUCAGGAGAGACUGAUGGAGGAGUUAUCAGAUAAGAUUGAGAAGAACUUAAUCCUUCUUGGUGCCACUGCUGUAGAGGACAAGCUCCAAGAUGGGGUUCCUGAUUGCAUUGACAAGCUUGCCCAAGCUGGAAUUAAAAUUUGGGUUUUGACUGGGGAUAAAAUGGAGACUGCAAUCAAUAUUGGUUUUGCGUGCAGUUUGCUUAGACAAGGAAUGAAGCAGAUUAUAAUUCAUUUGGAUAGUCCAGAAAUUCAAGCACUAGAGAAGGAUGGGGACAAGAUGGCCAUUGCCAAAGCAUCAAGGCAAAGUGUCCUCCUUCAGAUAUCCGAAGGUGUUGCACAACUCGCUUCCUACAGAGGGAGCUCUCAGAAGGCAUUUGCACUGAUUAUUGAUGGAAAAUCACUUGUUUAUGCAUUAGAAGACAAUAUGAAGAACAUGUUUCUGGAGCUAGGGAUUCGUUGUGCAUCUGUUAUUUGUUGUCGCUCAUCCCCAAAGCAGAAAGCACUGGUCACCAGAUUGGUCAAAUCUGGAACUGGGAAAACAACAUUAGCCAUUGGUGAUGGAGCUAACGAUGUGGGAAUGCUUCAAGAAGCAGAUAUAGGGGUUGGUAUAAGUGGUGUUGAAGGAAUGCAGGCAGUUAUGUCUAGCGAUAUUGCAAUUGCACAAUUUCGGUAUUUGGAACGAUUACUUCUGGUGCACGGACAUUGGUGUUACCGGAGGAUCUCAUCUAUGAUAUGCUACUUUUUCUACAAGAAUAUCACAUUUGGUUUUACUCUAUUCUUAUAUGAGGUUUAUGCAUCAUUCUCUGGACAACCCGCAUACAAUGACUGGUUUUUGUCUCUCUAUAAUGUCUUCUUUUCAUCACUUCCUGUGGUUGCACUUGGGGUGUUUGACCAGGAUGUAUCCGCUCGGUACUGUCUCAAGUUUCCUUUGUUAUAUCAAGAAGGAGUACAGAAUGUUCUGUUCAGCUGGCGUCGAAUACUCAGCUGGAUGCUUAAUGGAUUUAUCAGUGCCUUAAUAAUUUUCUUCUUUUGCACUAAAGCGAUGGAACUCCAGGCCUUCGAUGCAGAAGGGAGAACUGCUGGAAAGGAUAUACUGGGAGCAACAAUGUAUACUUGUGUAGUUUGGGUUGUAAACUUGCAAAUGGCACUGGCUAUAAGUUACUUCACCUUGAUCCAACAUUUUUUCAUCUGGGGUUCCAUUUUUUUCUGGUAUCUUUUUCUCCUGGUAUAUGGAGCAAUGCCUCCACACUUUUCAACAAAUGCGUACAAAGUCUUCAUUGAAGCUCUUGCUCCUUCCCCUUCCUAUUGGCUUGUGACAUUCUUUGUGGUGAUCUCAACCCUUAUACCAUACUUCUCGUAUGCAGCAAUUCAGAUGCGGUUCUUUCCCAUGUAUCAUGAAAUAGUACAAUGGAUAAGGUAUGAAGGGAAGAUUAAGGACCCUGAGUUUUGUGAUAUGGUGCGGCAGAGAUCAUUGCGGCCAACAACCGUGGGUUCAACAGCACGCUUAGCUGCUAAGGCUCACCAUUGA